GAAAGGAGGGAGGGAGGGGAGAGGAAUGGGAAGAAGAAGAGCUCUUUCGCAUACCUCUUUCUCUACGCUAUCGCUAAUGGUACCUCUUGUGUUGUCUGGUCUAGACUGCGUGUGUUGGUGCGUGUAUCGAAGUGCGAAUUCUGUGUUUGAUAAUGAUCGGAUUGCUUCAAUAUCACAAAAGUGUAGCAAUAUACAAAGUUCCAGAUUGUGGUUGAAUCGAUAGAAAAAACCCAAAUUGAGAAGGGAAAAUAUUGGAAAAAUAUUAGACGUGAAGUUCCCACCAUACACCAGAGCGUGGAGUGCGUGCGUGCGAAUGUUCACAGGUGCCCUUUGACUGACCUAACCGCCGUAGAGAGCAACAGAAGCAGUAUUGAAGCAAGAACAGCACAACACAAGAAAUACAUCUCCCAACGUUCGACGAAAAAAAUGGGAAAGAAAUUUCCUCACUUAAAAAGGAUAUUCUUGCAGGUGGCCACAUUCGGCAUGAUGGCUACCCCAAAAUCGUAGUAGCGAGAAGAAAAAGAAGUGGAAAAAAAUCACACAUACAUACGUAAAACAGCACACGGAAGAUAACAUACCCGAGGUACGGACCUGGCAAAAAUACGCACACGCCAUCAUGCCAAAAACGGGCUCCUGACUUCGGCAUUCGGUUGAAGUAAAAGCGAAAGCGUCGUGCGAGAGUGAAACCAUCCGGGCGGGCGCCAGUAGUAGUGACUCUUACAAGUUGCCCCAUGACUAAGAGUGCAGCUUCCGUACCAGUCCAGUGGUUUGGUUCUGUCUGGUUCACACACCUGUUUCCCGUUUUUUGGGGGGCUUCGUUCGUUUUUGCAAAAACCACCAGCUGUGACAGAUUUCGUUCGUCUCUCGUAUGCUUUUGGGUUGAUUUUAUUUCACAAAUUUAAACGCCAACCGUGUACGUGUACAUGUGUGUGUAUGUGUGGGAAAAUGUGUAUUUUCCAAAAAUUCCCAUUUCCGUGAGCGUCUAAAUGGUGUGUUUGCUACUACCAACUAAAACCAACUGUUCACUGUUGAAAAUGGUGGCUGUGCCAGUUGCUCGGUUUUGCCCGAAAUGAAGCUAACCAAAAACUAUGCAAAAGAAUGUGAAAUAAAACUCAUUCGUUGUGCGAAAAAGAACCCAAAAAAUCCAUUGUCCUGACGCCGGACCUUCUGCUGCUACAUAAAUUAUCUCAUUUCGUCUCGGCCUCGAGACGCGCCGUCGGUCCUCGGGAGGGUGGAAAAACUCUCCCUGUGUGUAUGAGUGUGUGUGUGCGUGUAUGUGGCCUCCCGGGAGCGUACGGUACGAAGCUCAUGGGGCUGGAAGUUUUUACUCCUUAUCUCCGUCCGAUUCCCUCCCCUUGUGUCCCAUCCAAACGGUUUUAAGCCUACGAACGAUACAAAAACGAAAGAUGAAUUGUGUUCGUGUGCUGCCAGAGCAAGAAAGAGCGAACAGUGAGAGGGGAAAAGUGUAAAGAUGAGAGUGUAUUUGAAUCCCUGUGUGUGUUUGUUUGAGUGUUAGGAAGAGAGUUUGGAGGUCCUCUUUUUAUUAUACCAACCACAAACCCCCAAAAAGGCAUCCAUUGCGAAAAAGAAGGAAGUCGUGUCGGUUUGUCGUGCGAUCGAGUCAGAUAAAUAGGAAACGGUACGACCGUGGCGAGUGACUACGACGGUCAUCGUGUGGUGAAACAGGGUGAAACAAGAUAAAAAAACAACACUGUUAGUGCGUGUUUGUGCUUGUGUGCCUGUGUGUUGUUGUGUAUGAUAGUGUGAACGAGUGUGUGAGUGUGUAUGUGCGUAUCCAUGUGUGUGAGCAUCGUGUGGUCACCAAAGUGAGUUUGAUGCGUUGAUCGUGUGCAAAUGUUGUGAAUAUGUUGUGCUGGUUGUAAUGUGCACAACUUCCAACUUCCAUCACGGUGUAACAGUGCAAUACACUCACACAUGCAGCGUUGCAUGGCACAGGCGGUGCAGUGAAGUUGCCAUCUAAUUGCGGUGCCAGCGUCAUAACGCAGGAAAGUGUGGAAAAACUGCAUUUAUAGCAGUACAGUACGUACCAGUGGUGUAGGUGAAGUGGGUUUUGUUAACUGUGUGCCAUUUGUUUUCACAUCGGAAGCUUAGCUUUUUUUGGGGGUGCAAAGAUUUAAAAACGAAAGGCCUCAACAAUAGAAAGCAUAUACUGCUUUGCCAGUUCUAUUCGAAUCCAUAUGCCUAGUGAUAAGCGGCAUCGAUAGUCGGACGGUGUGAGAAGCGGCGGCUAGGACCACGUCGCAUUACGGUGCACCCAAAAAAAAAAGUAUCGUUGUUGCGCUGAAACGGAAAGAUGAAGCGGCAUCGUUAGCAUCAUGAAAGGCGGCACUUUGAUCUGCUACCUAACAGCACAUGUACCUUCACAUUCAACAGACCGCUGAGUUUGCUGGCCCAAUCCUGCCGACUGGGAUGGAAUGUUACACAUUUGAUGGUCGUCCCUGGUGUCCCAGCAGCCGCAAGUGGUACACACUGCGAACAGACGAUGCUCCAAUGCGACGGCAACAUGCGGGAGAAGAUUCCUAAAGUGCCCACCGGCAGCAACAACUAGUGCACAGCAGCGAGGGCUAAUAUUUUCGCCACCGUAGGCUACAGCGUGUAUCAGUGUGACCGGAUGUAGGUGGUUUAGAAGUGGACAGGCAAAAACAAAAAAAAAGGAAAACAAGAGACAGGAAAACGAAAGAACUCACCACCCAACGAAUACCGACCGAAAUUUGUUCGAGUUCGAUGAAUCGUGCACCGAGCUAAAAUGUGCGAUGAAAGUGAUUAAUCACCGGCGAGUGCCAACACCGGAGGUACGAGUGGACGAGACGUAAACUCGGUUGCUCGCCGUAAGAAUCCGGACACUUCGAGGCUUACCGUGUUUCUAGUUUGUUGCGUAGAAAUUGGGUUUUUGGGUGAAUAUCCGGCGGGUAUUUGUGUGCGAGUGGGCAACAAUAUUACAGGUCUUCGGUACACCGCAGCGGAAAGUAUCAUCUCAGCAAGUGCAAACAAGAAAAAAACGUGUACAAUAGCUACAGGGUAAUUUCUGUCCAGGGGGAAGUUUGGAAUAUCCGCACCAAAGUGCUAAACCUGGAAGUGCUUGCGACGGUUAGAUGGUUCGGAAGCAUUGCCGUUUUCGUCUGUGUGCGUUAGCUGUGCGGGAGUUCUAGAAAGGUGUGCAUAGUUUUUGUUAAAGUUGAAGUACGUACUGUAAACUUCAGCUAAAAUCUAGAGUAUUGGUUGGAAGCCUUCAGCUUCAAGAUAAUUUCCAGUGUCGAAUACUUUGUGAAGUUAGUUACUUGUGUCAGCUCAGCACCGGAACCGUGAUCUGGCCCGUCUAGCAUACCACGUGCGCUUUUGGGCGGCAUUCACACCAAAAACCUCCACCCCGACUCUCGCCGGUGGGUAGUUGCGCACUUGGAGGAUCAUUGAAAAAUUCCACCGAAUAGUAUGGCUUCGGUCGCCGCUUGGUUGCCAUUCGCACGGGCGGCGGCCAUCGGCUGGGUGCCGAUAGCGUCCCAUCCGCUGCCGGCACCGCCAGUGUUCAAGGACCGGCUGCGCUCGGAGGACGAGAAGCUCAUCAUCAAUGUGUCCGGCCGGCGGUUCGAAACGUGGCGCACGACGGUCGAAAAGUAUCCGGACACGCUGCUCGGCUCGAACGAGCGUGACUUCUUCUACGAUGAGGACAGCAAGGAGUACUUCUUCGACCGCGACCCGGACAUCUUCCGGCACAUUCUCAACUACUAUCGAACCGGCAAGCUGCACUACCCACGGCACGAAUGUCUGCUCAGCUACGACGAGGAGCUGGCAUUCUUUGGCAUUAUGCCGGACGUGAUCGGGGACUGCUGCUACGAGGACUAUCGCGAUCGGAAGCGCGAAAAUGCCGAACGGCUGAUGGAUGACAAGCUGUCGGAGAACAGCGACAACAACCUGCAGCAGCUGACCAACAUCAGACAACGGAUGUGGCGCGCCUUCGAGAAUCCACAUACUUCCACUGCCGCGCUCGUGUUCUACUACGUCACGGGCUUCUUCAUUGCUGUAUCUGUGAUGGCGAACGUCGUCGAGACGGUACCGUGCGGGGUACGGCCGGGCCGUGCCGGUACACUAUCCUGCGGCGAACGCUACAAAAUCGUCUUCUUCUGUCUGGACACGGCGUGCGUCAUGAUCUUCACCGCGGAGUAUCUGCUGCGGUUGUUUGCCGCACCGAACCGGUGCAAGUUUGUGCGCAGCGUGAUGAGCAUCAUCGAUGUCGUUGCAAUCCUGCCGUACUAUAUCGGGCUCGGCAUCACCGACAACGACGAUGUGUCCGGUGCGUUCGUGACGCUGCGAGUGUUUCGCGUCUUCCGUAUCUUCAAGUUCUCGCGACACUCGCAAGGUUUGCGCAUUCUCGGCUACACGCUCAAAUCGUGCGCAUCCGAGCUUGGGUUCCUGGUGUUCUCCCUUGCCAUGGCCAUCAUCAUCUUCGCCACGGUCAUGUUCUACGCGGAGAAGAACGUGGACGGUACCAACUUUACCUCGAUUCCGGCCGCGUUCUGGUACACGAUCGUCACCAUGACCACGCUCGGCUACGGUGACAUGGUGCCGGAAACGAUUGCCGGCAAGAUCGUCGGUGGCGUUUGCUCGCUGAGCGGUGUGCUGGUCAUCGCGCUACCUGUACCUGUUAUCGUGUCCAACUUUAGCCGGAUCUACCAUCAGAACCAGCGGGCGGACAAGCGGAAAGCACAGCGGAAAGCACGCCUUGCCCGAAUACGAAUAGCGAAAGCGGGCGCCAGUGCGGCGUUCGCGAGCAAGAAGAAGGCGGCCGAGUCGCGCCUAGCGGCGCAGGAGUCUGGCAUUGAACUGGACGACAACUACAACGAUGAAGACAUCUUUGAGCUACAGCAUCAUCAUCUGUUGCGAUGCUUGGAGAAGACUACGGACCGGGAGUUUGUCGAGCUAGAGACGCAGUACAAUGGGCAGACGAAGCGGCCAGGCUCUCCGUCACCGAUGGCCAGUCCGUCACAUUCGGCCAACACGGCUACCGGUGCUACCGGGUUACUGCAGUCCUGCUGCGGACGAUGCUGCUCGCAGCGAUAUCAGGACAACCGGGAGUCUGGAAGGAUCUCCUUCGAUGACACGGGAGAGGAGGAAGGGAAUGGUGGAAGGGACGUAGGAAGAAGAGGAAGCAAUGGGGACUGUGAGCGUACGGGCACCAGUGCAGCCAAGUAAUGAACCAUAAAAUAAUGAUCCCUGAUGAACUACACCUCAGCGAAUCAAUGAUGCCAGGAGGACGAUAUUCCGCUACGGGAAAGGAAGAAAUCAUAAUAAACUGCGCGCACCAGCGUAGAGAAUAUCGUUCCCGACAUAUAGAGACACCCCGACCCAAAAACACCAAUGACGAAUGCGAUCAUGAUAAUCAAGUGGAAGCAGUGUUGUUCCAGUAACCGGGAAUGAAUGGGAUUGCGCGCAUAUGACAACUGCCAACAAACUGGAUCCGCGAUCGAAAGGAAGAGCGUAGCAAGCAACCAGACAAAACCAAAAAUGAAAAACCUAACCUGUCCCGUUGACAAUGGAUUCCAUUGUGUCGUGAAAAGAAUGCAACGCCUGAGUUAGUUCAUUCCAGCGCCAAUAUCACCACCAACGGAAAAGAAGAUGAAGUCUGCAAUCAAAAAGCGUUCAAAAUAAUGGAAAAUUUAGAACAAUUAUAAAGUCAACAUUAUUCUGAAAGGGAUAUCACCACCAUUAUGGUCAGUAGUGAUCAGGAAAUGCGAUCAAAACACGCGAUCAGAUUAGACAGACGAUGGGCAGGGUGGUUUUCAACCAUUCGUCCUUGGGUGUAUGGGGGAGGGAGUGUAUGAAUUGCAAAAACCAAUGUCGGGUUAUUGAACCCGUUUGUUUGACGUAAGUUAAGCGAGGUUUUUUUAGGUACAAUUUGCAAAUCUUGUUCUAGACGACCCACCAGACGGACACGUCUAGGCAAAGUGACUAGACCACGCUGGCAAACACUAAACUUUUAGCUGAGACACAACCCCAUGCUAGUAAUGGAUCUAGCGCACUACUUUAUCAAAAACCACUACGUAAAUGUACAGUGUUACUCCAUUUUCACAUCUCUAUCUCUUACAACAACAAACUCCAACAAACGAUACAACACACACACAACACUAUUUUCUCGAAAGAAGAAAUAAAAAUCAACUAUUGCAGAAACAAAACAAUUCGAAAUAGAAAAAAAUACAAUUAAAACUACAACAACAACAACAAAAACACUUCUACAAACAAGCGAUAGAAGCGAUUGAACGCAUCUUGGCGUGAUUUAGGUGCAAUGUUACUGUUAUAACGAAGAUCGUAUCGUAUUUUCGGUUGUUGUUUUUUAAAAUAACUUAUAUCACUCCAAUAUUGGUCGUUCACUCGUACCCAACACUCAAACACACAUACUGUCCCUCUGUCUCUCUAUCUCUCUGUCUCGCUCCCUUUUGAGAGCUACUCUGUAGGAUAGCGAAGUUGAAGGUUGAGGCAUUUGUGGGAGAUGGAUAUGAAAAUGUUCUUCUAUCAAACUAUUACUACAUCUACUACUGCUACUACAACCACUACUACUAUUACUACUAUUAACUACUAGGCGAGAGAGUCGUAGCAUAAUUAAUGAUAGGCAUGGCCCCACGGUACGGCCAGUAAGGCCAACUCCAGGAACCCUUUAGGAUAGCCGUUCAAUGAAAGUGAAGUGUAGCGCAUAAUGUUAGCUGUUAGGGAACCCCUUACCAGUACGUUACAUGAUGAUAAAGCAGGUGGCAGCAAAAACAAAAACUAGUAUGAAAAUAGACAAGUUCGAUGAAAAAUGAAUAAGAAAAAUAAGAGAGAGAAGAAAAAAACAACAACAUAGCUUUAAACGAAUACAGAGAAGAGAAGAAAACAGGAGAACCGUACGAAGCAACCCGAUUAUCCCGAACAAACUGAAUGUUUAGGCAAGCGAUCCUGAAACGCAUACAAUUACAUACUAGUGCACCCAUUUUAUGCAGACCAAUAGCCCUCGAAACUUUUGCUAGAUAAUCACAUAUCAAGUGUGAGGAAAAAAAAACUGUAGUGUGGCCCAGUAUUGGAAUGUUUGGCGGUUGCAUAACCAAGGCGCGUAAAUGUUUCCUAAAAGCACAAAGACAAUGGGAAAGGUAUAAGAACACACUAGCAUAGUAGAGGGGGAAAACCGUGUGUGAGAAUAGCACGUUCGGUAGGUUUUAGUUCCGAAAGAAAAUAAAAAAAACAUGUAAUUACACCAAUGAUUGAUUUCAAUUUGCGUUUAGAACGUAAUUUAUGAUUUCGACCUUUAACGUGCAGCAGUGCUGUGUUAGUGGAAGCUAUGAUUUUUAUAAAAGUACACAAAACGUAAGGAAGCAAUAAUUUUAGUAAAACAAAAAAGAAGUAAAUAAAAAACAACAACAGGAAAAUGUAAUCACAUUUUUCUAAAAUACAACAGUCGAUUUUAAACUAGUGAAACUGCAAGCUAAAGUGAUGCAGCCUGUUCGUUCGCAGAUAGCAUGUGGAGGGCGAUGAUGUAAAUAAGAACACCAGACAGACACAAAGCUAACAAAAUGAACCGUAGAUAUACAAAAAAAAAAACAAAAAGCAAGUAAAUCAACUCGCCCUAAGAAGCGGGAUACAUGCACCAGAACUACAUUAAGGGCUUUAAAAGAGGAAGAAAAAACACCCUUAACGCAGGUAGCCACUGGUAUUUUUGUUGUGUGUGUUGUAAACUGUAUUUGUAAACGGCACGACAGGAAAAUUAUCUUCAUGUACGUGUACCGUGUGUUGACAAAAUUGCAUCGUACUUCAGUUCCUUCCGGAGUUCUUUCCGAAAAAGCAAAAAUACAAUAUUAUUAUAAAACGUAUAAAAAAAACAUUGUUCUUCAUUUCGAAUCGUAUGCAUUAAAUCAAUCUUCCAGCUAGAUCUGUGAAUACUACUUUAAAAACGAUGAAGAGAGAGAGAGAGAGAGAGAGAGAGAGAGAGAAAAGAAAAAGAAAAUCUUAUAUAAUCGAGUAACGUGGCGUGGUUGUUGUUUAUUGAUAAUGUAAAAAAACGCAAAAAAAGAAAAAGAAAGAAUGAUACACACACCGCAAAACACACACACAGUUUUAGAAUAAAUAAAUGGAAGACAUACACACAAAGGGGAGGUUAAAAAGAAAUAAGUGGAAAAAAUCGAAGUAAACUGAAAAUCAAAUAAACAGAACGAAAGGUAAAGAAAUAGGUGUAUCUUAAUUACGUGUAAUACGAAAAAAAAAUACAAGCAGUCAAAAAGUGGGAUAGAAAUGCAAAGAAUGAAAAGCAAAAAAGCAAACGAUAGUUAAGAAGAAGAAUUAAGAAAAGAAAAGAAAAAGAUUGAAUAUGUAAGCUGGUGUAGUGUAAGGAAACAAUUGUAAGGCUAAUAUCAAAUAUUGAUGGAUGUUAUAAACAUUAUUAUGAAACUUUUCAAUACAAAACGAAAACCAAAUACUACUGCUUAGACGUAAAUCAGAUUAACUAGAAUUAAAAACUGUCCGUCGCAGUGGAAAAUCCUAAGGCAGGCAUUACAUAUGCAAACGCGUUAUUCAUUUUCCAGGCGCUCAUCGAAACCGAUUGAAUACCAAUCCAUAGUUGCACAUCGCAACACACCGGCGUGUGUUAUACGUGGUAAUGAUCGUCUACGAUCGAGUUUGGCUUGCUGCUGGACUGUUCGUAAUCAAAACACCGGAACGAUACUCCACUUUUGGUGAAGUUGGCAGCAAUAGUACAGCUGCUUUGUUUCCUACGUUCCGAUUGUGAAUUGGAGCAUGUGUUUAGUUUUUCCCCUUUGGUCAAAAACACAAAUUUCAUUACACUUCACUCAAAAGAAAACAAGGAAACGGCACAAAGAUAGGAGAGGAUGGAGAAAAAAAAGUCAAACUUAUGAAGUAAUUGUAAGCGAACUAUAAGUGAUUCAUUGUGCGCCGUUUAACAGUUGAAAUGGUGCAUCAAUUAUUUAGUGUUGAGGUACACAUAGUAAUUAGUCAAUGAUAAUAGUAAUACAACCAAAACUAAAACAAAACGAUGUCCAUUUGUGCGAGUUAGAAGGUGAGCAAAUGCAGUCGAGUCCAGUGUGCUCGGGAAGCUGUAAGAUUAAACCAUAAUUCUAAACCACACGUUACAACACCUAAACCCAGUAACGCGUGUAAGGAGAAAAUAAAAACAGGAAGUUGCAAAUGAAUCGAAUAUGAAUGUUACAGCAAAAAAAAAGUACGUUUGUUUGUGUAAAAGCAGAAAGUGUAAGACAUUUAGGCAGAUGUUCGUAAUAAAAAAAACGAAAAAGAUUAUACGUUAUGAAAAAUUCUCUUUAAACCAAGCUCUGACAGCAUACGCCCGCUCGGGUUAGCCAACCGGACAGCAAACUGUUUGAACGAAAAACGCAGCAAACGAAUGGAGGAAAAAAUCGCUGCCCAUGUUUUCGAUGGGCGCACGAACGACAGUAGAAACCGUUAAACGUAAGCAGUAAUCCAAAUCGUAAUGAAUGAAUGUAUUAUAUUAAUAUUACUCGUGGUAAAACAAUCCAGCACCGUGGUAACGCACCGGGUCGUUUCGUUCGUGGGUGGGUUAGAAAAAAAAACAAAAGAAACAACUACAAAGCAGGCCAGCAUAACCGCCAUCUUGAAGUGACAUCGAAGAUCACAGCAAACAGAUACUAAGAUUUUAAAAAUGGAAAUUUCAUUGUAAACAUCAGCAACAACGGGGACAAAAAAUGGGAAAAGGAGGUACACUGGUGUUGCGUGAUGUGGAAUGCUCUCGAAUGCUUACUGAAUACUUUCGCGUACGUAAAUAUUGUGCAGACGGUGUCGAUUUGUGACGUAAAUGGAGUGCUACAAUUUUACUUUACCAUUACUUACGGUUGCUUAGUUCAUUCCACUUUCACUGCUCACGAAGCGAAGUGUGUGUAGAACGCCCCUUUAGUGCGUUGUACUAGGAAUAUUGUCUUUAAAUGGCGUGCCAGCAUUUGUAGUAUCUCUCUCCCUCUUUCGCUCCUUCUCUUGUAUUAGCAACAACUGCAGCAAAACUAAGCAACAAAAGGAAAAUAAUACAGUAGACUGUACUGAUGUGUAGUUUAGUGUGUACUGGUGUAGCUUAGAAGAAACACAAACAAAUAAAAACCAAACAAAGCAGACAAAAAAAACAAUUAGAAUUAAACACAAAACAAAUGAAGCAGAAGAAACAUUAGAACACAGAGCAAAAUAAUAGACAAGAAGAAAAAAACAAAUCAACAAAAUAGAGAAGAAAUAAUCAAAGCCAAGCCGAGUGUUGUGCAAGACAAUUAAAUGAAUGGUAGAAACGCAGUUCAGAAACAAAGAUAGAACAAAACGAAAGAAGAACAAAGAAUAUUUUUUUUUUCAAAAGUAGCAACUGACACAUCGAUCUUUCUCGCUUCUCUAGUUUAGUUGGUUUUUCUUCUUUUUAUGUUUAAUGGUGUGAAAAGGUUUUUAAUGGAACGAAUAUGAAUGGGUUAAAAUCACAACCCUUUGCUCAAAGCUUCGGAUAGGACUGUAAAAAAAAUUUGCAAAUAAACCACAAAUACACAUUUUGUAUACGUAACAACAGAAAAUCACAGAAUAGUAGAGGUAUAAUCAAUGAACGACUUUUUCACACCAGUCCAAUACGUUAACUAUCUUUAUCGUUUAUCCUUUGCUGAUCGUCAAACGCUGGUAAUUGAUCGUCUUUAGCGGUAAUUAGCUACAUAUCUAAUCUAAAAGCUCGCUAACAAUGCCAUUUACUUCCAAAUCACAAUCUGUACUCCAUUCCAUAGAAGCCCGUCAUAUGUUCGCGUAGAAAACGAACACCAUGCGGUACAUCCCCGGUACAAGAGCAAACUGCAAUACCAGCGCAAUACCUCUAGGGAAAAAUAAAACAAAAAACAAAA